UAAGGUUUCACACAGGGAGUUUGUGAAGAGAGUUUGAAUUGAAGCAAAUUACAUAAAGAGCAUUUUUAAUUAUAUUAGUAGGAGUAGGAUGACAUGAAAAUCAAGACAAAACAAGCUCAAAGAAGUUUUGCUUUUAGAUGAAAGGGGAUCCCCAAACUCUCCCUAUAAAAUCACCUUAAAACAACAAAACCAAUCAUCUUUGUUCUCUGCCCACUUCAGUUCACUUUCAGUACUUCUCUGCAAACAUGCAAAAAACUCUCGCCUUUCUACUUUUUCUUCUUUUCCUUUCACUUCAUUUACAGCUACGAUGUGAAGCUGCUGCUAUUAACGAUGAUGAUGAUGAUUUGGUAGAGAACAUAUGCAAAAAAACACCUUUUCACGAUCUCUGUGUGGCCACUCUGCACCCAAUCUCUAACUCCUCAACUUCAAAUAUUAAAGGGCUGGCCACUUCAAUGGCGAAUAUCGUGCUUGUAAAUGCAACCGACACUUUGCAUUACAUUGAGGGGCUGAUUAAACAGUCUUCAGACCCUAAACAAGAGAAAGCUUUGGCUGGAUGUGCUGAACUCUACAUCUCAGUUGUCAAAUAUGAGCUUCCUCAAGCCAUUGAAGCUUUGGGCAAAGGCCAAUACGGAUUUGCUAACUAUGGAAUUUCUGAUGCUGCCAAACUAGUUGAUCAAUGUGAGAAGGGCUUCUCAGGAACAAGUGAAUCUCCGUUAAGUGACAGAAACAAACUUAUUCAUAGUCUUUCUCAGAUUGCUGUAGCAAUUAUUAAUGUUCUGGCAAAGGGUUAGAUUUCAUUGUUUCUAUUGCUAAAAUUUUAGUCAUCUAUGUGGUAUUAUUGGCGUGUGACUGUACUGUGUUAAUUUUGUACCACAAUAAAUUGUAAUAUUUGAUGCUUCCA